AUGUGGCGCCCAUCAUCACCAUCUCGUUCUGUUGGGACUCACGGGAGCACCCCGACCCCAAUGGGCCGCAAAUAUUCCAGAGCCAGAAAUUCCUUCAAGGGGUUCAGCGAGAUGGGCGUCUUCUGGGACUGGCCCUCGCUGCUGCAGGGCGACCCCGACAAAGCCGAGAAGGCGAAGGCCGCAGCCCUGCAACAGGGCAAAACCGAGAAGGACGCGCAAGAGGCCGCGGACGAGGCCAAGCGGACCCCCGCCGAGAAGGCCGCGUUCAAGCAUGGGCUUCAGGAGACGAUGGACCUCUGGUACGCCCACCAGGCCACCACCGUCCUCCUGCUCACCCAGCACCCCCGCGAGCGGGGCAGCGCGCGCGAGUGCGGCUACGACCAGUCCGGCUGGACGACGUACGAGCGCUGCUCCGCGGAGCAGAUCAAGCAGGUCUACCGUUAUGAGGCGAACUGGGACGCCGUGGCCGACCUGGGGCAGGGGGCAGGGGCGACGACGGCCGGGAGGGGUUGGCCGGUUGGCCCAGACGAGUUCGACAGGCUCAUCGAGGACAGGUUCUUCACCAACGGCGCGGACCGGGAGGCUGUGAAGGCGCUCUUCCGCCGGAUGAGCCGCGCGCAGCUAGGCGGCGUGACGAAGCUGGACUUCGACGGGAUGUCGCCCCCGACCCCCGAACAGGCCGCGGGGCUCGCCGGCUGUCUGCGGCUGUGCGCCCGCCUGGAGGAGCUGGACCUGCGGGGCUGCAACAUCGGCCCCGCGGGCGCGAAGGCUUUGGCGGGGGCGCUGCCCUCAGUGCCCAGUCUGCAGGAGCUGAGCUUGGGCAGCAAUGGCAUCGGCGACGGCGGCGCGCAGGCCCUGGCGCAGGCGCUGCCCUCCAUGCCUGGCCUGAAGAAGCUGAACCUCUUCGACAACGGCAUCGGGCACGACGGCGCGCAGGCGCUGGCGGGGGCGCUGCCCUCCGCGCCGGCUUUGGAGACUUUAUUCCUGCAGCGGAACGGCGUCGGCGAGCAGGCGAAGGCGGCACUGCGGGCCGCCUGGGGCAACCGGGGCGGCACCUUGAGCUUACAGCAGGAUAAAGAAUGA